AUGCCAUCAAAUCAACAAAUAAAGCCACCACGUUAUUCAUCAACAUAUGAAGAUGAUACUUAUCAGUAUAGACAUAUUAUUUUGGAUAAAAGUAUGGUUUCAUUAAUACCAAAAAAUAGACUAAUGGACGAAUGUGAAUGGCGUGCAUUAGGUAUUAAACAAGGACCUCAUUGGGAACAUUAUCUUAUACAUAAACCUGAACCAUUUGUUCUUAUGUUCCGUCGUUUAUUAAAAUAUCGCAUUGAACCUGAUCCAUCAACACAACAACAAAAUACACAUUUUCCUACAACACGUAUUCCUAUUAGUGCAACAAUGAAUACGUCAACAAAUUAUCCACUUGGUGAUUCAACAAAUAUUAAAAAUAGUAUGUUCAUGCGUGGUGGACUUCGAAUGGCUGUUAAUCAUUUUAAAAUGAUCAAUAGUAAUGUGAAUGAAGAAUUUAAUGAAUCAGGCUUUGAAAGUCAUUGUGAUGGAUAA